AUGCAGCCACUCCUAAUCCUGUUAGCUGCUCUCCUGCCCCCUGUGAGUGUAGCAGAGGAGAUCAUUGGGGGUCAUGUAGCAGAGCCUCAUUCUCGUCCCUACAUGGCAUUUGUCCAGUUUUAUCAUGAUGUCAAGAAGAAGAAGUGUGGUGGCUUCCUUGUGCAAGAGGAUUUUGUCCUGACAGCAGCUCACUGCUUAGGAUGCUCCAUGUAUGUCACCUUGGGGGCCCAUGACAUUAAGUUGCAAGAAGAGACACAGCAGAAAAUUCCUGUGAAAGAAGCCGUCCCCCACCCUAAGUUUAAAUCUGGGACUCAUGCCAAUGACAUCAUGAUACUACAGCUGACUACAAAGGCCCAGCUGACCCCAGCUGUGGGCUUAAUCCCCUUGCCUGGAGAAAGUGACCAUGUGAGAGAUGGGCAGGUGUGCAGUGUUGCUGGCUGGGGCGGGAUCUCCAAGGAUGAAAACACAAGCAAGCUGCAUGAGGUAGAUGUCAUCCUGCAGGAAGACUUCCAGUGUGGGCUCCACUUCGAGAAUUAUGACAAUUCCUCUGAGUUGUGCGCAGGGGACCAAGAGAAAAUGAUACGUUACUUUAAGCUCUACACUGGGAAGCCUUCCCCAGAAGAUGCAGCCACUCCUAAUCCUGUUAGCUGCUCUCCUGCCCCCUGUGAAUGUAGCGGGUCCAUGAAAGUCAUCUUGGGAGCCCACGACUUUAAGUUGCAAGAAAACACACAGCAGAAAAUUUCUGUGAAAGAAGCCAUCCCCCACCCUAAGUAUAAUAAUAGGACUUAUAUCUAUGAUGUCAUGUUACUACAGCUGAAGACAAAGGCCCAACUGACCCCAGCUGUGGGCCUGCUUCCUGUGCCUGGAGAAGGUGACCACGUGAGACCUGGGCAGGUGUGCAGCGUUGCUGGCUGGGGCCGGAUCUCUGAGGAUGAACAAACAAGCAAGUUGCAUGAGGUGGAUCUCAUAGUGCAGGAGGACUUGCAGUGUAAGCGCUAUGUCAAGAAAUAUGACAAGGCCUUACAGUUGUGUGCAGGAGACCGAGAGAAAAAGAUAUGUUCCUUUAAGGUAAGAUAUGCUGUUCGCCUGGCCUAG